AAUAAUAAUCAUAAUUAUUAUUAUUAUAAAUUAUUUGUUGCUGUUGUUUUUAAAAAGAAAAAAAUCUUUUUAUUCAACCCUUACCUCAACCCUUACCCCAACACACACACACACACACGCACACACACACACACACACACACACACAGAUGGCUCUUUAAUCCUGUAUGUAAAUCACAGCCAAUGGAUGCGGGUGUUGAGCUGGGCUGGGAUUAGCGAAAGCGAAUGAGUUUCAAUUUUACUGGAUUACAGAACAAAGAAAAGGGGAAAGGGGACACUGUCCCUGCGUUAAAGACAAGAAAAAAGGACGGGGGGAGGAAAAAAAACGCAGCAAAUCUCGCUGUAAUCUCACCCGGAAAGGAAGACGAACACGCUCCAGAUUAUGCGGGUUUUGUGAAGUCAGUGUGGCGUUGUUUUAGACGGGAAUUCCGCCCUGCACUAUUGGAUUAAACACGGAGAAUCAAAAACCCCAACAACAACAACAACCCAGUCUGGGAUUGACAAGAGACAUGGCGCAGCUGCGGAAGCUGGGCUGCGAAGGGAUGAGGCUGAACUCUCGUGCCGAGCUCCGCGGACCACAGACAUCUGCCAGACACGAAAUCCUGACCAGCUUGGUGUCGGCGCUGGACUCUGUGUGCACCGCUAUGUCUAAGCUGAAUGCCGAGGUCGCCUGCGUCACCGUGCACGAGGACAGCGUGAUCGCCGUAGGAACCGAAAAGGGGAGAAUUUUCCUCAAUUCCAGGAAGGAAAUACAGACAGACUUUCAUAAAUUCUGCAGGGUGUCCUGUCUGCAAGCAUUAAACUCAAUCAGCUCCCACGCCAAAGCUCCAGACCCAGAAAGCAGCCAUACUGGUAAAGACGCUUUACCGCCAGCGAAACAGCAGCGAGCCUUAACGGACGCUCACUCCAAUAUCUUUGUCCUGAGGAAGAUGGUGGAAGAAGUCUUCAGCGUGCUUUAUAGUGAGGCUGUAGGGAAGAGCAGCCUGGUCCCCGUGCCUUAUGAGUGGAUUCAGAAGGAGCCUGGUGCUGUGCUCAUUCAUGGCCUCCCUGAUGGCGUGACCCUGAGAAGACCUGCUGAUUACGACACCAAGACCUUAAUGAAGAUCCUGGAGCAGAGCAACCGCAUUCGCUUCAUCGUCAAACGAGUGCCAGACGAAGCCCCACGCGAUGGUAAAUCCUGUCCGGAAACCAAUCACCACCCCUCCCCUGCUGUUAAGAGUGCCAGCAACCACACGCCUGUUAAAACCCCUGCACAGGAAGUGCCUGCUAGCAGCUCCAUGCUCUCCAGCUUCCUGUAUGGAAUGCCCGUGCCUUCCCAGACGCACCCGGACGCUAAGGGCGAUUCAAAGCCCUCGGUGAUGCACGGCCUGGUCAAGGAACGGCUAUCAGCGUGGGCACCGAGCGACGAGAAGGCGGCUGUGCCCAAAGAGGUCACUGACAACGGUGAGCGGAUACCACUUGCAGGAGACGUCGCUCAGAGCCCUCCCAGCAUCCACAUCUCCAAACGCCUACUCUUCUCCAUAGUACAUGAGAAAUCAGAAAAAUGGGACGCGUUCAUCAGAGAGACGGAGGACAUCAACACACUGCGGGAAUGCGUGCAGAUCCUAUUUAAUAGCCGCUACGCUGAAGCGUUGGGCUUGGAUCACAUGGUCCCCGUGCCGUACCGAAAGAUCGCCUGCGAUCCGGAGGCGGUCGAGAUCAUCGGAAUCCCGGACAAGAUCCCAUUUAAGAGGCCGUGCACCUACGGGGUGCCCAAACUCAAACGGAUCUUGGAAGAGAGACACGGCGUCCGCUUCGUCGUGAGACGGAUGUUUGAUGAGCGGAUCUUCACUGCUGCAGGGAAAGUAGCUAAAGAGGAAGGCAAGCAGGACGGCUCCUCCCCCGAAGACGGCUUCCCGGAAGGGCUUAGGGUGCCGAGCUCCGCCCUCGAGCUAGUCAGCAACACCCACAGCAGCAGAUCCACCAGCUCCUGUGUCAGUCCCUUAGCCGACUGUGAAGCAGGGCCUUCGGGAGACUGCGUAGCUUUAAAAAAGGUCAAAACUGAGCCACCAGAUGGAGAAAUUAUUCAGGUCACUGUACCAGAGAACACUGCAGCUUCGGAGGAGCCAAGUGAGCCUCCGGUUGAACUUGUGACCCCUGAUCUCCGGCGCCCCCUGGAGCCUCUAGCAGUCGAAGAAUUGGCGCAGAAGUCCGCACCGCAAGGGCUCAAGAGAGUCGUUGAAGGUAAGCCGCAUUUGAUCAAACGCUCGCGCGCGUUUACGCAAACGCUAGUCCGUUUGUUUGAUUGUCUGCCCGUUCUUCUAGAAGACAUCGGCGAGAUGAUUCUUCAGCUGCGAAAGCAAGUGGAGAGCCUCUUCAGCACGAAAUACGCGGAGGCUCUGGGCCUGCCUGAGCCAGUAAAGGUGCCCUACUCGAAGUUCCAGAUGUAUCCCGAGGACCUGUACGUCACAGGACUGCCAGAAGGGAUCACUUUCCGGAGACCAAAUUGCUUCGGAGCAGCCAAACUUCGGAAGAUUCUCAGUGCCAGUAACCAGAUCCAGUUUGUUAUCAAAAGGCCAGAUUUGCUAACCGAAACUCAACUGAAGCAUGAGCUGCCCUCUCAGCCAGUUUGUGAUCCAGAGUGCGAUCCUAAAGACAACCCGGCGGAAGACCCCGGACCUGCCUCCAAGAGACCUGGAUUCUUAGAUAGCUUAGAAGCCAAACUGUCUCGCAUCGACUUGGCCAACACGCUGAGGGAGCAGGUCCAGGAUCUGUUCAACAGGAAGUACGGCGAGGCACUGGGCAUCAAGUAUCCCGUGCAAGUGCCUUACAAGAGGAUCAAGAGCAACCCCGGCUCGGUGAUCAUCGAAGGCUUGCCUCCGGGAAUCCCGUUCAGGAAACCCUGCACGUUCGGCUCGCAGAACCUCGAGAGGAUCCUGGCUGUGGCUGAUAAGAUCUCCUUUACCAUUAUGAGGCCUUUCCAAGGACUUAUCCCCAAACCAGCACCGAGGAGAAUCACUUUACUGAAGAAAGCGUACUCGUCGAUAAGCGCAGAAGAGGAAGACAUCAAUCGCAUGGGUGAAAAAGUCAUAUUGAGGGAACAAGUCAAAGAGCUGUUCAAUAAGAAAUACGGAGAAGCUCUAGGUCUGGAUCGACCCGUCGUGGUCCCGUACAAGCUGAUCCGAGCCAGUCCCGACUCUCUGGAGGUGUGCGGACUCCCGGAAGACGUUCCUUUCAGAAACCCUAACACGUACGACAUCAUUCGCUUGGAGAAGAUCCUUCAGGCUCGAGAUGACAUAACUAUCAAUAUCAAAACACCUCUUCAGCCUUUCGUACAGCUUUGUCCACAGACUUCAAGUUCAGAAGGAAAUGAAGUCGCAGUCAAUCGACGCAAACGGAAACGAGUGCCGGAUAACAGUCGAACUGCGCCGCCUCCAGGAGCGGACUCUGCCAAUUCGACCAAUCAGAUCCCAGUGAUGCAAUGGCCCAUGUACAUGGUGGACUACAGUGGAGUCAACGUCCAAGUUCCAGGGAAGGUUAAAUACUAAGAAGGACAGAAGCACCCUGCGGGAGAUCCCCGUUUUCAACUCGUUCGGAGCUCUGCGUCUGAUCGCGCUGUAUACCGAACCCGUGCGUGGAAAGCCGGCAAUCAUGAACUCCUCGAGCGUGAUGACAAACAGGACGAGGACGUGCUCGUCGUGCUUUCAGGAUGCCGGGUGCUUGAUUGCGAAAUUACACAGGCCGUCACUUUCCAAUUUGUCAAGUUGUGCUUUAUUUCCGAGAAGGCUGUUUGUGAAAGGAGUGUUUUCAUUCUCUAGUGAGUAAUGCAUUACUUUGCAUUAUAUGGUUGCCCUGUACAUGAGGCCCUGCGAGCAAUCAUUAACUAACACUCUCAUUAAGGAUAAUGCAAAUGGAUUCUGCUGGGAAGUGUCUAUUCCUCGAAACGAUUAUUGAUGGGAAGAAGAAACCUAACUGGUGCUGAACACAUGCAUACUGCAUAUCUACUCCUGUAGUAACUGGCUUUGCCUCAUCGCUAAAUGUUGUAUUAUUUAUUUAUUUAUUUAAAUAAAAGUAAAGGAAUUUGCAUAUGCAGGGAAUGUAAGCUGUUCAGUACAAAAGUACUACGUGCUGAAUUCUGUGACUGAUAACACUAAAACAAUUAGCUACUGUAUGUACUCAGAGAGGUUUUUAUUUUGUAUUAUUUUCUUUCUUUUUCUUUACUGAUUACAUUGAGUUGGAGUACUCUAACAUGAUAGCACUAACAUAUUCCAAUGAAAGGCUUUUUGUAUUAUUAUUAUUAUUAUUAUUAUUAUUAUUAUUAUAGCCUUGUAAGUUACUCCUACACUCAUGGAUCGUGGGGGAUGAUAUUUCACAGAGAAAAAACACCAUGAAUGUAUUGUAUGUAAAGGAAAGACUGGUGUAAUGUUAUUCAAUAUGGACCGUCUCUGGAAUCACCAGUAUUUAUAUGCUGUACUUUAAUGCCAUUUAGGCCUUUUAAAAUAAAAUGUGUUGCCUUGCGUUCACUGCAUUUGAGCGUGAUGGUGCAUUAAAGAUGUCACACUGAAUUUUUUUUUUUUUUUUUUUUAAAUAAAUGCCCAUAACACAGUUGAUUCCAUUGCAAGGAGAUAUUUCUGCAUGAAUGUAAAGAACAGUAUUACUGUAAUAUUCAAAAUCGUUUUGAUCUCCGGGGUCCAGUCACGCUUUGCCGGUAACGCCUUGUCGUGAAUUGUUGCGCAAAACACUAAAGAGAUCACAGAUGAACAUACUGUUUAUGUACCAUUCUCAUACUGUUCAACACAGGUUUUGUGAUGAUAGCUCAGCGCCAACCCUGACAAAUUCAUGAUGAAAUCUGAUUAUCCAGUGGUUCUCAAUUAUUCAAGUCACCUUUAGAAUUCCAGCUACAGAUCAUCACAGCAAUACAGAUACCAAAUCUCAGCGUACAGCGCCCCCCAUUGAUGACCAUGCCCCAAAUUUAGCAGACGUCUCCAGACCCUUGUUCUAAACAUACUGUAGCUUGAAAUGUUUUGUGUGAAUUUAUUGCUGUCUGUUCAGAAUUGACUGAGAAAUGUGACAGCCAUGUUUUGAAGAUCUGUGAAAAUUCAAAAACUAUAACAUAAGUAUUGUAAAGGUUCUGUAAAUUAUUCAAAUUAGCCUAAAAUAUAAGUGGGCAGAGCUGAAGAGUCAGAAUUUCUAAUUUGUUCACAAUUAA